AUGGCUGUCGUUAAGAAAAAACGUACUAAUGAUAAAGGAACUGAAGCGAGCAAAUCUUUGAAAGUUAAAAAAGAAAAAGCUGCGAAGCGGAAGUUAGAGGAAGAUAUUACCGAAGAAGUUUCUUCAGAACAACCAAUCAAGCUAAAAGGAACCGCGGCAACACCGAAGAAAGUUAUUAAGAAUGUCGUAAAGAAGACAAAAAAGCAGCUUUUUGAAGAAGAGGAGGGGGAUGAAGAAAAUUUGACCAUUAAAAAGCUUGACGGAUUGGGAUUUGAAGCUAAUGAUGAUGAAGAUGACGCAAUGCCCGAUGAUUUUGAUAACUCGGACGAUGACGAUUUACCGAUUGAAAAAAAGUCGAAGGCACUUGAUGCGGCUAAAGAACAAACAAUGAAAGAAGCUGAGGAAGAGUUGCAGCUUAAUAUUGCCAAUCAAGAAAAAUUUGUUUUGCCUACAGUUGAAGAAAUUGAAGCAGAACUGAAAUCGGCUCCAAACUUGGAGAUUGUCAGACAACGCAUUGCCGAUGUUAUUCAAGUCCUUGGUGAUUUCAAAAAUCGGCGCGACCCGAACAAGAGUCGUGAACAGUAUUUGGAUGUUCUUCGCAAGGAUUUGUGUAAUCAGUAUGGCUAUAAUGAUUAUUUGAUGGGAAAAUUCAUGGAUUUAUUCCCAAAUGGUGCUGAGUUGCUAGAAUUUUUGGAAGCUAACGACAACCCGAGACCAGUCACAAUUAGAGCGAAUUCGUUGAAAGUUAAAAGGCGUGAUUUGGCAAAAAAUUUAAUCGCUCGCGGAAUGAAUGUAGAUCCAGCUGCUGAAUGGACAAAAGUCGGACUUGUCGUUUACGAUUCGCAAGUCCCGGUAGGAGCUACUCCGGAGUACCUCGCUGGACAUUAUAUGAUCCAAGGAUUGAAUUCCUUGUUGCCCGUCAUGGCGCUUGCUCCUCAACCUGGUGAUCGUGUUCUUGAUAUGUGCGCUGCGCCAGGAGGAAAGACUUCACAUAUUGCUGCGUUGAUGAAAAAUUCUGGAGUUCUUUUUGCCAAUGAUGCCAAUUUUGCUCGUUGUCGCGCCAUCAUUGGUAACCUUCAUCGUCUCGGAGUUAACAAUACCGUGGUUUGCAAUUUGAACGGAGAGGAGUUUGCCAAAAUUCGACCAAAUGGAUUUGAUCGAAUUCUACUCGAUGCUCCAUGCUCCGGUACAGGAGUUAUCUGGAAGGAUCAAACGGUUAAAACCAGCAAAGAUAGUCAGGAUGUUCAGCGAAGACACACAGUUCAAAGACAGCUAAUUUUGUCUGCUUUUGAUGCACUUGAUGCUAAUUCACCAAAUGGCGGAUAUUUAGUGUAUUCAACUUGUUCCGUCUUGGUUGAGGAAAACGAAGCGGUUGUCAACUUUUUGUUGCAAAAACGGCACUGCGAGUUAGUUCAGACAGGCUUGCCAAUUGGCGUUGACGGAUUCACGAGAUUCCGUGAUUAUCGUUUCCAUCCAUCUCUUUCUCUAACUAAACGUUAUUACCCCCAUGUUCAUAACAUCGAUGGUUUCUUUGUGGCAAAAAUUAAGAAACUUUCGAAUGCGAAAGCAAGCAAGUUCGAAGUUUUAGAGGCGGAAAAGGAAAAGGCUGAAAAGAAGAAUGCUUCGAAACAAACAAACACUGAUAGUGAUGAUGAAAUUGAAGAAAAGACCACCGAAAAGAUUAAUGGAAAUGCGGAAAAGGGUCUAGGGAAGAAAAAAAAUAAGCACCCCGUGGAAGAAGACGACGAUGACAGUGAUACUAAUGCGCCAAUGAGAAAUAUCGGUUCUGGAGCAAGAGCGAAUAAGAAGAAACGAAACCAGAGGAAGUCUGAAGAAAAGCGUAAGCAACUUGAAGCUGAUGAUGGUUUCAACACUGUCGGCUUCAUCAAGAAGGCUAAAAAGGAGAAGUCGUUUGUGUCGAAGGUGCCAAAACGUGCCGCGGCUCGCAAGGGAGCAAAAUCUGUAAAGAAUCGGAGAAAGAAGAUUCUCGCCAAACAGCAAUAA